UUCAACAAAAAUCAAAAAAUCAACAAAAUUGUUCCUACGGUCAAUCUGUCAAUCGUCAGUUCACAGUUCUAAAAGUUUUCAAUUUGGUAAACAAAAAUUGUCUUGUUCGUUGAGAGAUUUUUCCUUCAGGUCUGUUUCAUUUUAUUAUAAUAAGUAUUCUUUUUAUCAAUUAUUGUGUUGUGAUAUUGUUGUUACAUGGGUGUUUCUUUGGAAAGUUGGCUUUAAAUUGCAUUGAAUUGGCGAAAUAGACGGCCAUGGAUGACGAAUAUGUAAUCGAAGAGCAAAGUGAUGAAGAAUAUGAUACGUCUAGUUCUGAAGAUGAAUUCACGGAUUUCAUUAAAAGAGAAUGCGGAAUACUUGAAGUUGAAGAUGAUUUCGAAGCUGAAGUAGACAAAGUAAUGUCUGCUCAUAUGGACAAAAUAAAAGCUUCCACAGGGGGGAAAGAACAAAAUGAAGCGAGUUGUUCGAAUGCAGAAAGAGCUUUUAAUUAUAAUGAUGAGAAGGAAAAGAUAAAUGAUGAGCUUCUCUAUGAUCCAGACAUGGAUGAUGACGAUGAAAAGUGGAUUAAUGAAAAGCGCCGUUCAUAUAUUUUUCCAGCGGAUAAAAGCAACAAACAGGUGAAACCACUGCCUAAUAGCGAUGCGGUACUUAACUGUCCAGCAUGUUUGUCUUUAUUGUGUUUAGAUUGUCAGAGACAUGAUAUUUAUAAAAAUCAGUAUAGAGCCAUGUUUGUUUCAAAUUGUAAUGUUAACCAUUCAGAAACUCUGAAAUAUCCAGUUAAAAAGAAGAAAAUGAAGAAUACAAAGAUGCUGCUAAAUGAUGAAAAUUAUAAUCCUGUUGUGUGUUCCAUAUGUAAUACUGAAGUAGCUGUAUAUGACUCAGAAGAAGUGUAUCACUUUUUCAACGUACUUGCAAGUUAUUAGAAGAUUUUUUUAAAUAUUGUUUUCUAGAGGAAAACAUUUCACAAAUGUAGAUGUUAUAUCUUUUGGCUAAUUAAAAAUUUCCA